CCGGUUGGCGUCUGCUCCCAGCCGCAGGGAUUCGGUCAGUUGUUCGUUAUGGAGCGGUGGUCAAUGGUGCAGAUUUUGCAGCGACACUGGGUGUUGGCCAGUUCUCUGGUGGUGACAGGAAUUGGGCUAAUUUUUGUAAGACGAUGGUGUUCUGGUGGGGUUUGUAAGAGUAAAGCAAAACUGGAUGGAAAAACAGUGAUCGUUACUGGUGCUAAUGUUGGGAUUGGAAAGGAGACUGCCAAAGAUCUUGCUCAGAGAGGCGCACGUGUAAUAUUAGCUUGCCGUGAUUUGGUAAAAGCCAGUAAGGCAGCUGAUGAGAUCCGAAAAGAAAGUGGGAAUAGAAAUGUCCUGGUGCAGAAACUGGAUUUGUCGUCACUUCAAUCUGUGCAUUCCUUUGCAAACAAAAUUAUAGAAACUGAAACAUGCCUGGAUAUCCUCAUCAAUAAUGCAGGUAUCAUGAGGUGCCCAAAGUGGAAGACUGAGGAUGGGUUUGAGAUGCAGUUUGGAGUUAAUCAUCUGGGUCAUUUUCUCCUAACGAACCUCCUGCUGGACCUGCUCAAGAAGUCUGCACCGAGUCGGAUUGUUACUGUAUCCAGUUUAGCCCACAUCCGUGGGAAAAUUAACUUUGAUGACAUUAAUUUGGAAAAUUGUUAUGAUCCUGCUGUUAGUUAUGAACAGAGCAAGCUGGCCAAUGUCCUGUUCACCAGGGAACUUGCAAAGAAGUUAAAAGGCACUGGAGUUACUGCCAAUUGUCUCCAUCCGGGAGUAAUAAAGACUGAAUUGUUACGUCACCUGUACCCUACUCUGUCAAUAUGGUGGAAGAUUCUCCUGGUACCUGUAUCCAUUCUCACGUUUAAGAGAGCAUGGCAGGGAGCUCAGACAAGCAUCUAUUGUGCAGUUUCUGAGGAACUGAAUGAUGUUAGUGGCCUGUACUUCAGUGAUUGUGCUGUUAAAGCAGCUGCCCCUCAAGGCAGAGAUGAUGAGGCUGCAAAGAGACUUUGGGAACUCAGUGAAAAGAUGGUGGGUCUAGAAUCUGAAGGACAACGACUUCAUGUUCCUGAAUCCUGAGAUGUUAUUCCAUUUGUCUUUAUUCUACAUUCCUGAUUGAAACUUCUUAUAUACAGGGUGUGUGGUGGUGUUUCGAAGUAUCUUAAUAUGCAAUAUUAUCAGUUCUGAGAGAAAAUUAUUGUCACCAAUUUAGGAUGUUCUGGCCUGUGGUUUGUAUAGAUUUUGAAGUUUAGACAGGGUCAAUUAAAUCAUAGUAUCUUUCAAGACAAUAAAAUUCAGUAAGUUUCAAGAUGUUGCAUAACUGUUAAUGAUUUCAAACUUGCAGUUUGUAGGAAGAGGAAAUGCAAAGGUCAGUCUAUCACAGGCACGGUCACUGGCUUUUAUUUCAGAUGGAAAGAUCAAUGUCAUUCCAAAAUACAAUUUCAAAAGUUAGAUAAAAACUCAUGAGUAAAAUGGAAUGACUUAUUUGAUGAAUACAAUGGCCUGGAUAUUGGGAAACAAGACAUGACUGUGGUUUAUGAAAAUUAUAUAAUGUGUCCAGUGAAAUAUUUUGCUGUUAUUCCAACCUUGUAACAUUCUAAUUCUAAUUAUAAUUAUGGAUGCAAGAAUUUAUAAUGGAAUCUUGACACACUGCAGGUACACCUUCUCAUUUGGCAGGAGCAUAUGAUCCUAGGAUGCUAGUUAAAAUAUUUAUAAAUCUGAAUAUGAGAAUGCAAACGGAAUAAUAAUAGCAUAGGCUUCUGUGAAAUGAGAACUGUAAUACAUCCGUACUUCCUCAUCCAAAAUAUUGCACAUCCUCUAGCCCCACCUCACAACUGCAUCCCAGGUUAGGUAGGUAAUGCACUCACUCUUUGGUCAGGAGGUCAUUGGUUUCAGCACCACUUCAGAAGAUACUUCAUUUAAUGCAGGCUGAUACUCCAGUGCUGUGCAAGUGCUACAUAGAAUUCUGGCCCACAUAAAUGCCUCAAACACCACAGAUGAUCAUCCAGUAGGUAUACAGGUCAUUCAUUCCAAUGUUGUUUUGUUAGUUAUGAUUAUACCUCAAGCUCCAAUUGAUGUCUAUUCCUCAAUCAAAUUUCUUGGAAACUGAUUAUCUAGUUCAUUGCUGAUUGUUGGAAAAAUCCAUGUGACUCACUAAUGUCCUUCAGGGAAAGGAAAGCUGCCAUUCUCACCUGGGCUGGCCUACUUGUGACUCUAGACCCACAGCAAAAUGGUUGAUGCCCCCUGGGCAAUUAGGGAUGGGCAGUGAAUGUUGGCCUAGCCAGUGAUACCCACGCCCUUUGAAGGAAUAAAAAAAAUUACUCGUUUGCUAUUUGUGGAGCCAAGGUGUAAGUAAAUUGGAUGCUGUAUUUUUCUGCAUUCUAACAAUAACUGUACUUCAAAAAUAAUAUAGAGAAUGUGUUUUGGGAUAGUGUGUUAGUGAAAAAUGAUAUACAAAUGCAAAUGUUUUUUCUUGCUUUACUCAGAAACUGCACUAGCUAUUUUUAAUACCAUUCUGCAGAAGAUUAAACUAGUAUUUGGAGGUGAGAAAAGAACUCAACAUUUUCAUCUGAAAAAUAGGAAACAUUCCUCUUGCUAGACCUCUCGUACUAGAGCAAACAAUGGUCUGAGUAUCUGAGUUUACAAAUGUCAGCCUCAUUCUGCAGCAAUGAAUAAUUAUCUGCUAAACCUAAAUCUGUUAAUGUGGGCUGUUUAACAAAAUUACAUAAGGGAAAUUGGGUUCACACAUUCUUAGGCUUGUCUCUGUUGAAUUGCCAAUUGACACACCAUUUUCAAAUUGAAAGGAAUUUGCUUCACUACAGUGUGAAGGAGGCAUUUAACCUGUGGUUCAAAACUUGCUGAAGCAUUUUUCAGAUCUUGCAUUUUCAAAAAUAAAGUUGAUUCAUUUUUCUGAUUGCUUAAAGUAAGUCUGAUUAGAACUGGAAUUUCUGCCUCUAAUCUUAGUCUCAUUAAUGUAAUUAAUGGGUCACCAUAAAUCUCUAAACAAGAAUAAAAUAUGUCUUUGAUCGUUGUGAGUGACACUCUGUACCUGUUGAUUGAUGGAAAGUUUGUAGAAUUUAAAAUGUAUAAUUAAUGUAUACUCAUAGCCCUGCAUUAACAUAUGAAUUUUGUACACAAAGCCUUUAAAAUAUAGUAUGCAUUGCAUUGAAUUUGACUUCUUAAAAAUUGUUCAGUGAGUGUUGAGACUGAAGAAUCUGCUUAUAAAGUUUGUAAAGCAUACUAAGUAUUCACUGGGGGGUGGGAGCCACAUUCUGCAUCAUUCUCCCUCUGUCACUAUCCACUGUAACUGUUUUUAUCUCUCCCUUGUAUCAGACUUGUAUCUCUGUACUUACGAGCCCCCCCCCCCCGCAUUCGUUCAGUGCAUUUAAUCUGUGAUUUGUCCCAAAUCCUUAUUAACACUGUUUGCUAGAUCGAGAGGCCUAUUUCUCUUAUGUAGUGUUCAUUAAAGAAUUAAAGGUUUUGUGUAUAUUGUAUAAUUCUCUUCAGGAGAACUGUUCAUCUCUUGAAUGAAGAAUGUUAGUUACCUUUCUUGUAGGAACUCUGACCACGGAUGUAAACUGUAGUACUACUCUACUGAUAAUCAAUUUGAAUCAUUACUUGUUUUGAAUUAUUCUUGCCAGACCCUUUGAAUUCCUCCCACCAGGUUAACUGAGUCUGGGCAUAGAACCAUAAAAUUGAUCAUUUUCAUAUUGAGCCAUACAACAUGGGAACAGACCCUUCGAUCCAACCAGUCCAUACUAACUGUAAUCCCAAAGUAAACUAGCCCAAAUUGCCUGCUCCUGGCCCAUAUCUGAAGUGAAACUGGGUGUCACAUUUGGUUACCAUAGUAUUGUUGAAUAGAGGGAAAUUGUUCUCUAAAAUGCAAUACAGAGGCUUUGCUGUUCAACAUUUUUGUAAGAUUUUUGUCCAGUACAAUGGAAUGUUACAUGCUGCAGGUAAUAUACCACUCGUUUAUUUUAUGAAAAUACUCUUGUACACAAGAUGCUGUAACAAUCUGCUUACAUUCUGUAAAGAAAUGCUUGCUCUUUCAAGCGAUAAUUUAAAUCCUAGAACAGUCUCUGAACCUUCAGUGAAGCUCCAAAUGAUGUCCAUCAUUUAGACAAUGUGGGUUAACAUUUGCAAGUUCCAUCCUGGGAAAGUUGCUUAUUUACAAGACAUUAAAUUUAAAAUAUUAAGAAAAUACAUAUCAUGUUAUUUACACAUUGACAAAACACUAAGCAGAACAAAGGACAGAGUUAGACCAAAAAGCAAAAUGGCUUCCGCAAAUUGUAAUUUUAAUCAGUUCAACACUUCCUGCUUCAUUUGGUUUAACAAACUUUGUCCAACCAUCAUUCAGAAUGGAAGCUUUGGAUUUGAGGGAGGCUCACCUCUGACAGAACUUUUAAGGUGCUUUAAACAGAGAAACAAACACAUCUUAAUGCACUUCCAGUUGGCAAACUGCUAAUUAUAAUGGUUCACAUUCUAAAUUUAUUUCCACAGAAAUACAUAAAUAUUUACUUGAACAAUAUAUUUUCUCAGAAUUUAAAUUUAUAUUUACUCACACAAUACUCUGCAAAACCAAUGCUAAUACUUGUUUAUGUAAUUGUAUUAUUUUAGUCUAUUCAUGUAAAGCAUAAGAUAGUUACUUGUACUCUAUUUUGUAAUUUUAAAGUUUGCGAUGGUUCAAUCUUAGUGGAUUUGUAACCUUGGUAGAAUGAGUCAGAUUGGUGACUUAUAAGUUUUCUGCCCUUUUUGUUUGAUGAACUGACAUUCUUGGAUUACGUAGGUUAAUAUUUGAGUAUUAAAUGCAAAUACACAAAAAUUGACUGUUGUGAUUCAGAAUCCAUGUGAUGGAGGGAUUAGAGGUGAGGAGAAAUGGAGAUGAGACAUUUGUAAUGAGGUGAUUGGUACUGAAAUGUAUUU